UGCACCGGGUCUGCACCGGGUCUGCACCGGGUCUGCACCGGGUCUCACGGAGCGCGCGCUGUUCCCAGUGCGUCUGGAGCUGGAGGCAGCAGUGGGCGGGGCUUCACAUGGUCAGCUGACAUGAUUCAUCCAAUCACCAUCAGGCUCCUGCUGCUGCUGCUCUCUGGCUCUGCUCUGGGGGGUGAUGUGAGCCGUGAGUGUGGAGGUCGUGACUGCUCCUCGUGUGUGUGCGCCCCCCCCAAAGGAGCACAGGGUGCACCUGGAGCUGUGGGCCGUCAGGGGCCUCAGGGGCCCCCGGGUUUUCCUGGACCACAGGGACCUCAGGGCGAGCCGGGCCUCAGAGGAGACGAGGGCCCGAGGGGGAGACAGGGGCCCAAGGGCGACACUGGGUUUGAGGGGGCCCCUGGGUUCCCGGGUCUCGAGGGUUUACCUGGCCUCCCGGGGCCAGCAGGGGGCCCCGGACUCCCAGGUGUCGACGGUUGCAAUGGGACCAAAGGAGAACGUGGCCCCCCAGGACGAGAGGGAGAAGAGGGUCCCCCCGGAGACCAGGGUUUUCCAGGAGCUCCAGGUUUUCCAGGAGACACUUCCUUUUACAUCAUCAGCAUCCCAGGACUCCCGGGGGACCUUGGACCGAGUGGUUUCCCAGGACUCAGGGGGCCCCGAGGUGCCCCGGGGCAAGAUGGUGCAGAGGGGCCUGGAGGCCUGCAGGGGGCCACAGGACUUCCUGGUUUUCCGGGCCUCAGGGGACCUCCGGGUCAGAAAGGACGUUCUCUCCCUGGGACCAAAGGAGAAGAGGGGGAGCAGGGGCCCCAGGGGCCCUCGGGGCCAUUUGAGUAUGUGGUUGCUCCAGACGACUUCUUCCCCAAAGGAGAAAAGGGGGAUCCGGGGCAGAAGGGAACCUGUGGAGCUAAGGGUUCACCGGGUCCGGACGGACUUCCAGGGGAGAAAGGAGAGAAAGGCAUCGUGGGAUUUCCUGGACCCAGGGGUUUUCAGGGUGUUCCAGGACGAUCUGGAUUGAAGGGCCCUCAGGGUUUGCCGGGGAGUGUGGGGCUCCCAGGUCUGAUAGGUCGAGAGGGGCCAAAGGGCAUGAUGGGAGAUGUAGGCGCCAAAGGAGAAGACCGCGACAUGACCCUGAGAGGUCCAGAUGGAGACCCUGGGAGACCUGGACCCAGAGGAUUUCCUGGAGACCUUGGUCCAAUGGGAAAUCCAGGACUUCCAGGAGAACCAGGAAGAUCUUUACCAGGUCGCGCGGGACCUCCUGGACCUCCUGGAGUUCCCGGGCUUCAGGGAGACAAAGGAGAGCCUGGUCCACCCUCCAGUGACCGACCUCCUGAAGGAGAACCGGGCAAACGAGGAUCGGCCGGACCCCCAGGACCCAAAGGAGCCAAAGGAAAACCAGGGUUCUACUGUGGACCCGGGUCUGCUGGAGAACAAGGUGACCCAGGAGACCCGGGCUUCACCGGAGAACCAGGCUCCAGAGGAACCAAAGGUCUGCCCGGUCCGUGUAACUGUGGUCCAGCGCCUCCGCGAGGUCCUCCAGGAGAUCCAGGACCUCAGGGAUUCGAUGGACCUCAAGGAAAACGAGGACCAGUUGGACUCAGAGGAGAGAGAGGGUCUGAGGGAGAACCAGGGGCCCCGGGGCCUCAGGGUCUUCGGGGGUUUCCUGGAGUCAAGGGAGUCAAAGGUCAAAAAGGCGUCCAGCAGCAGCGCGACCUGACAGGGGGGAGGGGGACCCGUGGAGACCCUGGAGCUGCAGGAGUCCCGGGUCUCAGCGGAGAACCCGGACAAGACGGACCCCAGGGACCCAAAGGAGACCCAGGACCAAAGGGAGACAGUGUCCCUGGUUACCCUGGCGACUCUGGACCUCGGGGUCGGGCUGGACCUCGGGGCCUCCAAGGUCCCGUUGGCCCCGUGGGGCCGUCUGUGCCUGGGGCUGUGGGAGACAGAGGGGACCCCGGAGACGCUGGACCUCCAGGGGCCCCAGGACGCUCCGGGCCCCCGGGGCCCAAAGGAGACGUCUUUCCCUGUGUUCCCAAGAAUCCAGGAGCUCCUGGAGAAAAAGGAGACGCCGGAGAGACAGGUUUUCCUGGUCGUCCCGGGGCCCCUGGGUUCAGAGGAGCCACAGGGGCCGAUGGACUUAAAGGAGACCGAGGAGAGGAGGGUGUCCCUGGGCCCCGGGGACGACAGGGGCCCCCUGGAACCACGGGAGCCACCGGAGUCGAGGGCCAAGAGGGCAGGAGCUACAGCGGGGCCCCAGGGUCCCCUGGGGCCCCCGGGGUCCCCGGUCUGCCUGGUCCUUCUGGAGACUCUGCUGUGGGGCCCCCAGGAGCCAUUGGGUUUCCAGGACCUCAGGGCUUCCAAGGGCCAAAGGGAGUGCCAGGCCCCUACGGGCCCCCGGGGCCCCCAGGGGCCCCUGGCUCUUCAGGUCCCCUAGGACCCAGAGGAGCAGUGGGAGACACUGGUGCUCCAGGAGUGUUGGGGCCCCCAGGACCUUCACCAUACUGUCCCCCACUGACAGGGCCACAGGGGCCCCCGGGACCUCAGGGCCCUCAGGGGCUCAUCGGACCUCCAGACUGCACUGCAGAGAAGGGGGACCAUGGGCCCCCAGGGGCCCCUGGUGUGGGCCCUCCAGGACCCAAAGGAAAGACCGGCUCUCCAGGAUUCCCUGGAUACCCUGGACUUCGGGGUUCUAUGGGACCUAUUGGAGACCCGGGCCGGCCGGGGCCCCCGGGGGCCCCAGGAGAGAGCGGUCCUUGUGGAGUGGCGGGGGCCCCCGGAGGACCCGGUUUCACAGGGCCCGUUGGACCUGUGGGACCAGCCGGACUUAGAGAAGAGAGAGGCCGAGAAGGGGCCCCAGGGCCCCAGGGCCCUAAGGGACUUAAAGGAGCGGUCGGGGCCCUGGGGCCUCCAGGUCCCGUGACCGUGGUGGAGGAGAAGGGCCGCAGAGGGGCCCCCGGGCCGGACGGAGCCCAAGGUUUUCCCGGACCUCGAGGGUUUGAGGGGCCCCCCGGGCCCCCCGGAGCACCUGGUCUCUCUGGACCUCCAGGGGCUGCAGGACUCUCAGGCCCCCUCGGAGCUCCAGGCCUCAGAGGCCCCCAGGGGCCCAAAGGAAAACAGGGAUACAAAGGCCUGAAAGGACUCAUGGGCUUCCCUGGACUGACCGGAGACCAGGGCCCUGAGGGCUGCCCGGGCGUCGAUGGAGGACCUGGGCCCCCUGGUUUUUUUGGUCUUAAAGGAGACCCAGGAGACUCGUCUGGAUGCCCUGGACCCCCCGGAGAUCGAGGCUCUCAGGGGGACUACGGACCUCCAGGUCCUCCAGGACCAAAGGGAGAACCUGGAGAAUCCGGGCGCCAGGGACUCCCAGGAUACACCAGGUGUAAAGGAGACGCCGGAGUCCAGGGUCCAGCAGGAGAGAUGGGAGUUUUGGGGCCCCCAGGACCCAGGGGCCGACCAGGACCUCCAGGACUCCCCGGACCUCCAGGGCCCGAUGGACCCCCCGGAUCUCAGGGCAGCCGGGGCCUCAGAGGUCCUCCUGGUCCUCUGGGUCUCCACGGUCUGGACGGACUAAAGGGAGUGAAGGGAGACAUGGGGACUCGAGGUCUUGGACUUCCAGGACCUAAAGGUUCUCAGGGGCCUCCUGGAGACACAGGACCCCGAGGGCCUCCAGGGCCCCCAGGAUCCUCUCAGAUUGGCCCCCCCGGGCCCCAGGGCCCCUUCGGACUCCCAGGACCCCCGGGACCUCAGGGACCUCCUGGAGAAUCUGGACCUGCCUGUGCCAACCCCAAACUCGGAGCCGAGGGAGACCCAGGACCCACCGGACCCGACGGAGACCCGGGUGUGCAGGGGCCGGCGGGGGAGUCCGGUCCCAGUGAUCCGGUUCCAGGAGACGAUGGCGACGACGGAGAACCGGGCUGCACCGGAAAUACUGGAACCCGAGGAGCCCCGGGACCCCGAGGGGGAGCGGGGCAGCCAGGAGAGCCAGGGGGCAAAGGGCCACAGGGGAGCACUGGACUCAUGGGGGUCCCGGGCCCCCGAGGGGCCUCAGGGAGUCCUGGCUUCGGGGGUGGGCCGGGGUCCAGAGGCCCUCAGGGGCCUCAGGGGCCCAAAGGAGACCCGGGAGACAGUGACCCUUGCCCCCCCUCCACCGCUCCCCCAGGCUCCCCAGGAAAGCAGGGGCCCCCUGGGACCCCAGGAGACACAGGGGCCGAGGGAGAACCAGGCUGCCCUGGGGCCAAAGGAGCCAAAGGAGAGCACGGAGACUCAGGAUUCACAGGAGACACAGGACCCCCCGGCCCCAGAGGAGACCCUGGGGAGGAGGGGCCCCAGGGGGACAGAGGAGAGCAGGGCUGUGGGGGAGACCCUGGGCCAAUCGGUGAUCCCGGUCCGCCCGGCCCCUACCACACGCUGAGCGCCGGAUUCCUAUUGGUCGUCCACAGUCAAUCACAAAACAUUCCCACAUGCCCCGCCCACAUGAGGGCGCUGUGGAGCGGCUACAGUCUCCUGUACCUGGAGGGUCAAGAGAAAGCACACACCCAGGACCUGGGUCAGGCGGGUUCGUGUGUGCGUGUUUUCUCCACGAUGCCCUUCUCGUCCUGUAACUCCGCCCACUGCUCGUACUCCUCGAGGAACGAUAAAUCCUAUUGGCUGUCGGCGUCGGGGGCGGUGCCGGUGCUCCCGGUGGUGGGCGGGGCCAUCGGCGAGCACAUCAGUCGCUGUGUUGUGUGCGAGAGCCCGAGCGCCGCCGUCACCCUGCACGCCCAGGCCCCCCAACCCCCCACCUGCCCCCCGAGGUGGGCACAGCUCUGGAGCGGGCACUCCUUCCUCAUGCACACGGGGGCGGGGGACGAGGGCGGGGGACAGUCCCUCACGUCUUCAGGCUCGUGUCUUCAGAUCUUCAGACCUUUGCCUUUUGUGGAGUGUCAGGGACCCAGAGGAACCUGCCACUAUUUCUCCAACAUCUACAGCUUCUGGCUCACACGAGUCCCCCUGGAGCUGAGACCGGACCGAGACCCGAACCCGAGACCGGACCAAGACCUGCGCUCAAGACCGGACCAAGACCUAGACCAGGAGGAUCUCAGGUCCAAGAGACAAGACGAUCUGAGCCCAAAAGAGCAGAGCAUCAGCCGCUGUGUGGUCUGCAUGAAGACCCAGUGAGACCAGGAUCCAGACCAGGACCAGGACUGAGUCUGGUUGUGUUUAUUGUAAAUAAAUGAGUCAAAUCUAUUUAUUAGACAAAAAUCAUCGAGAAACAAAAGAGACGAUUUAGAGUUUUCUGAACUCAAAGGUUUUGAGUUCCAUGAACCCAAAAAUCUGUCACAUUUAAUUUAGAGAAAAGUCCCUCAGACUCAGACCACAGACUGGAGCCAACCCGGUGCCCGGUGCCCGCCAACCCACUGUGUUCCAAACAGGAAGUGUUCAUGGUCGUGUUUUGGCUCCAUUGACUCUGGCUCCAGUUUAGUUUGUGUGUAAAAACUCUGACCUUUGACCUUUGACCCGAUUGUGUGGGUCUGUCCUCGCCUCCUCUGCUUCACACUGGAAAAAAAAAAAACGAGAUUUGUGUGAAUUAAAACGACAAAUUUAAAUGACAAAUUUAAACGACAAAUUAAAACGACUUAAAUUCUGAUAGUUUGAGUCGUUUCAUUUCGACCGAAGAAAAAACAUUUGAUUUUGUUUUUUAUUUUAAAUGCAGUUGUUGUUUUUCUUUUUCUUUUUGUCUCCAGACUCGUUUUUGAAGUAGAAAAAGUUUUGUUCCUCUGCAGAACUUUUCAGUCAACAACAACAACACAAGUGAAACCGACUCAAGUCAGGACCAAACCUCAAGUCACUCAAGUUACUCAAGUCACUCAAGUUACUCAAGUUACUCAAGUCACUCAAGUUACUCAAGUCACUCAAGUUACUCAAGUCACUCAAGUCAUUCAAGUCACUCAAGUCAUUCAAGUCACUCAAGUCAUUCAUGUUACUCAAGUCAUUCAAGUCACUCAAGUCAUUCAAGUCACUCAAGAUACUCAAGUCACUCAAGUCAUUCAUGUCAUUCAAGUCACUCAAGUCAUUCAAGUCACUCAAGUCGUCUGAACGAGACCAGAUUUAGUUUUUUACAGAGUCUGAGCCUCUCAUUUGAGGCGUUUAAGCGUCUCUUUGGUGUUAGGGUCAGAGGUCAGAGGUCACAGAGGUCAGAGGUCACAGGGGUCAGAGGUCACAGGGGUCAGAGGUCACAGGGGUCACAGAGGUCACAGGGAUCAGAGGUCACAGGGGUCAGAGGUCACAGGGGUCAGAGGGGUCAGAGGUCAGGCCUGGUGUCUUCGGGUUCGUUGUGUGAAAUAUUUGUGUUCAGACGUUUGUCGUUUUCUUGUAUCUGGAGUUUUUGCAUCAUUUUAAUAAAAGUG